AUGCUUGUCAAAGCAACAUAUCCACAAAAACCGGGUGACAAAGCUCGAUUGAUAUCAGGUAUUGAGCCAGGUGAUCAAGGUCGUUGUCUUGAAUUUUGGUAUCAUCAAUAUGGGAGUGAUAUUGACAAAUUGAAUGUUUACAUUGAUACAAAUACGAUCGGUAAUGGAUCAUAUACACUUCUUUGGUCACGUGGCGCUAAUAUUGGUAAUAUUUGGCGAAAAGCACAUAUUGCAACUGAAUAUACAACUCCAUUUCGGAUUAUUUUCGAAGGAAUAAUCGGUAAUGGAAUCAAAGGAGAUAUUGCCAUAGAUGAUAUUCGACGUUUGCCACAAUCGUGUAAAGAGUCAAACAAUUGCGAUUUCGAAGAUGAUACUUUUUGUGGUUGGGAAAAUGUUAGAAAAACGGACGAUUUUGAUUGGCAACUGACUCGUGGACCAUCGUCGGCUGAAUUAGUAACUGGUUAG